AUGCUAAACAGACCUUGCUCUCUCUUCCCUCGCUCCAGCCAAAGUGCAGCGGUUCUGCCGCCGCCGCCUUCCCACCCCGGUGCCAAGCAUGUGUCGUCCCUGGAGCCGCUGAGAACUGCCAGGCACAGGAUGGAGAGUCGCCGGAGGGACAUGGAGCUGAUCAGCAACAGCAUGGCCGCUUACGCCCACAUCCGAGCCAACCCCGAGAGCUUCGGGCUCUACUUCGUGCUGGGCGUUUGCUUCGGGCUGGUGCUCACCCUGUGCCUCCUGGUGCUGCGCUUGUCCUGCCGGCCCUCCCCGCGGCCCCCGGCGCGCCCCGGCGACCUCAGCGAGGAUGACGAGGACGACGACGAGGACGAGGACGAAGAGGACACCGUGGACCGCGCAGCGUCUGAGUCGCUACUGCCGGUGACCGAGAUCCCGCUGGAAAGCCACAGCCCCGGGGACGGGGCGCUGGCCGUCAAUGUGUUUGCGUCGGCCGAGGAGCUGGAGCGGGCGCAGCGGCUGGAGGAGCGUGAGCGCAUCAUCCGCGAGAUCUGGCGCAACGGGCAGCCCGACAUCCUGGGAUCCGGCACCAUGGGCACCCUGGGCCGCGUCCACUACUACUGA